AUCCAAAGAAUGGGAAAGAUCCGCAAAAGGAAGCAGCCCGAGAGUGGUCUAGAGUCGAAGUUAAAAUCUUCGUUGGAGACUCGACCAAAAUCUGCGAGAACCACAAAUGGCGCCAUUGAAAACCUGAAAGAUCCGUACCCAAUUCACGCACGACCCAACCCCGAAGAAUGCCGAGCCGUCCGAGACACUUUAUUGGCCCUACACGGUUUUCCCCAAGAGUUCGCCAAGUAUCGCAGAAAAUCAACGGACGAUGCUGUGGAAUUGGCACAGGACGCCACUGGGUUACCUGCCGAAGAAGAGAGCGUCCUGGACGGUUUGGUUCGGACCGUGCUCUCGCAGAAUACUACUGAAGCAAAUUCCCAGAGGGCUUUUGCUUCUCUCAAAUCCGCCUUUCCUACGUGGGAAGAUGUCUGUUUAGCUUUUAACUUGGUUCUUAGUGCUGGCACCAAGGAUGUGGAGGAUGCCAUUCGGUGUGGUGGUUUGGCUCCAACUAAGGCUUCUUGUAUUAAGAAUCUAUUAAAUUGUUUGCUUGAGAGAAGAGGAAAAUUAUGCUUGGAGUAUUUGCGAGACUUGUCUCUUGAUGAAAUUAAGUCUGAGCUAUCUCUUUUCAAAGGAAUUGGUCCCAAGACAGUAUCUUGUGUAUUGAUGUUCAAUCUUCAGCGAGAUGAUUUUCCUGUGGACACACAUAUAUUUGAGAUUGCAAAAACCAUUGGGUGGGUACCAGCUUUUGCAGACAGAAACAAGACGUAUCUUCAUCUAAACCGCCGGAUCCCAAAGGAACUCAUGUUUGACUUGAACUGUCUUCUGUAUACACAUGGUAAACUCUGUAAUAAAUGUACCAGUAAAAGGGGUAACCAACCUAACAAAACGUCUUGUGAUAACUCUUGUCCUCUGUUGAAAUACUGUGAGCGUUCAGUAUGAACUCUGCAUAUCAAAUACUUAACAAUUUUGAUUCUGAAGGCCUGCAUUUUUCUGUGGGGGAUUAGGCCUUGUGCUCAUAAUUCGUAUGUAACCUAGAAGUUUUAUGAGCUGGUUAGUGUACAGCCGCUUCGACUCUGAUGUCUUGGAAGUAAUGCGGCUUUUAAGAUGUUUGUUUGGUGGUAUUAAGAUAUCCAAAAUGAUUGAAUGCACUUUUAAGUGUCUUACUACAAAAUCUGUCAGCAUCUUGAAUGCAGGCGUUGUAAUUCGGUAAUGUAGUUUUGUUGAAAA